AUGAAAAACAAGCACGACUGCAAUCCUGGCGAGAAGCCCUUAGAAAACUCGGAUACCAAGCCCAGUACCUCGGAAACAUCCGACGCCAACUCGGCAGCAGAUCUCCAAUAUGCCAAUAAUUUGAGAGAAGAUUUGCUGAAAGCUUUUGAAUCCAUCACUACUCCCGGGACGUUUGCUGCGUGGGAGGCGCUUGCGACCCCUCCACCUGCUGGGCUCCACGUCGAAGGAGCGGGCAACAUCGCGAUGCCUAUGUGUGAAGAACAAAUCAAGCAACUUAUCGCCAAAUCCCACCAGGCCCCCUUUGGCUGCCGAAGCGAGACACUGCGCGUCGCGACCAGUCUCGGCAUUGAUGUGCCCAUUCAAUCGGAGCUGUACAAGAUGCUCAUCUAUGAGGAGGGGGCAAUGUUUAAGCCCCACACUGAUACCGAAAAAAUCCCAGGCAUGUUUGGAACUCUAGUAAUAUGUUUGCCGUCAGCGCACACCGGCGGAGAAGUUGUUGUGAGGCACCAUGGCCAAUCCAAGACUUUGAAGACAUCAGACGCAAAUCAGUCCUUUGCGUGCUGGUUUUCAGAUGUGACUCACGAGGUUCUGCCGGUGAAAUCUGGCUACCGAUGCGUCCUGACUUACAACCUGGCCCUUCAGCCUGGUAUUACCCGACCACUAGCAAGUACACUCGCCACAAAGAAGGAACUCCUCCGAAAAACACUUAAGAUUUGGCACCGGGAUCUGGCUAGCGGCAUCAAUGUCGAAGAUGAUCAUCUUUACUAUCCCCUUAAACAUGAAUAUACUCAAGCUUCCAUCUCCCUCCAAGCCCUCAAGGCUGAAGACUUGGUGCAGGUACAGGCAGCCCAAGAGCUUACGCACGAGCUUCCUUUUGUUAUAUUCUUGGCGUUGCUGGAGAGGGAAGCGUGGGGAUGGGUCUACUAUGAGGAGGGUGAUGAUGAGUGUGUGGAUGAGAUCCAUCAACUUGAUAAAGCGUUGGAGUUGAAGGAUACUGUGAAGUCACUUCACGCACUGGACGGUACUGUCAUUGCCGAGAAUUAUCACUUGUAUCGUGAUCAAAGUCUGGAAUACGAUCCCUUCGAGGAUCUGGAGGUCGCCAAGGAAGACUACAAACCUUACAUGGGGAAUGAGGGACCUCAUGCCACACAUUGGUAUCGCCGUGCAGCUCUCGUCAUGGUCCCAUAUGGAAGCCAAGUUAGAGCCUAUCCGCCUAAGGGUACAUUUGACAGGGCACUUCAAAAGAAUUAUAUACCCCCGGCGCUUUCCUACCUUGGCCAAAUGUGCUCGCUUCCUUCAGUCCAGACACCUCUGCUUGAUGCCUUAAGCAAUCUCUGCAGACAAGAGUCCACUGAUCACCUACCCCCGGCAAUAAUGGCGGAUAUCCUGAAGGCCGCCUUACAACACACUCACUACGCACUAUUCAAAACAGUCGCAGGACGCCACCAUGGCAAGUUACCCGCAAGCUUCUUUGACUGGGCCAAGGAAUGGCUAAACAAGCUAUCAGAUGCGGACCGCGCUGAAAAGUAUCAGUCAUGGAUACCAUUGCUCAUUCGCGGUUAUCCAACUCCGACUCAGCGCCUCAACGCCAUCGAGUGGAUUUCUGACCCAACUGGUGACGCCGUUGUUCCAGAUGCAGCACCCAGAAGCAAGCCCUGGGCGGAGGACCUGAUCCGUGAAUGUAUCACCCUCUUACUUUCAACCACUCAACCGCCGACUGAAGCCGACGCGGCGGUAAUUGUGUCUGCCGUCUUUAAGCUGAAUGAUAUGUGGACAAACACAUCUGCGCUUCUCACAUCGAUAUAUGAGCGCUUCCAACAAGAGCAAGCGACUCAAUUCUUGCUCGCUUUCCUGUCUCAGAUCAAGAUUCUUGGAGAAGCGGCCCAUGUCCCAACUUCCGACAUCAUGGAACUCAGCCGAAGCCUGAGCGUGCCCAUUUCAACUGACAAGGAAAGCCUCAGCUGA